GUUUCUUUUUCUUUCUUUCUUUUUCGGCUCAUUCCAAAUCUCUCCCAUUCUUAAAAUACGCAUGUCAUCAGUUGUUGAAGAGCCUCCACAGAUCCCUGAAGAACCCCCUCCUCCCGCUGUCCAAGAGCCUGUUCCCGCUAUCCCAGAGCCGUUUGUAGAGUUCAACGGCUUUGGCGAGAGAACGCGGGUCGUAACUCGACCUUGCUCGGUUAGAGCAUUUCUUCAUGGCGAAUACCACUUUUUCCGAACGAUCCUAAGACAAACAUCAGAACUGGUUUCUUUCCGAAAACAAGAUGUUUACAAUCUUGUUUCUUUGCACCUCAGGCGUCACUUUGAGGGUUAUUAUCAUAAUGCACCUCCGUUGUUUUUGCAAGGCUUUUGGGUCAUUGCGUUCAAAGUGCUUUCGUACGGAUUCCACGACGAAUUACCAGGAUUCUUUUUGAACCUACCAUGGAAAGAAGACCUAAUGCGCACGGCAGCAAUCUUUGUCGCAGAAAGAACUAAACCACACAAUAAUGAACAAUACUUCGAGCCAGAGGAUAUUGCUCCUGGGUCAUUGAGAGAUUCGCUAGCAAACAAUUUUGCUGGCAUGGCGCUGCAAAAUAUGAGAGAGCAUGUCCUAAAUAUCAAGGAUUACAUGAAUCGAGUUUGGAAGGGUGCUUUACAACAACUCCUACACAACCGAAAUCAACUGGAAAGAGCAGGUAGAAAGAAUCCUACAUAUGCAUAUUAUUGUACUUACUAGUCAAUAUGAUACAUUACGAAACUCGUUGUCCUAAUAUCAUGUCGGAACAGCACGAGUAUUAACAAGUAACAUUUUUUAAUAUGAAGCCGAAUAUCCCAACAAUGUACAAUCGAACCCCGUUAACGUCAACCCUCAGGGUACCAGCAAAAGUGUUGACCAUAUCGAGGGUUGACGAGCACCGGGGGUAGAGCAUAGGCAAAUCUUUAACUGCUAAAUUUGAAAGGGUACCAGCGAAUCUGUUGACGCUGUCGGGGGUUGACGUUAUCGGGGUUGACGUUAACGGGGUUGACUGUAGUUCAUGAUCAAUCAUUGGGAAGAUUGU